AGCGCGCUGCUCUCCUCACUUGGGAGCGCGCCUCAUCUCGGGAGCGCGCAUCAAAGAUCCAAGGACAGAGCGACGGGCGCGUGAGCAUCGGGUCACCUGAAAGUCCUCCGCCAUCAAGAACCCGACCAGAACCAGGAGAACCUGAUCCAGUCUGACCUCUGGGGGUGGGGGGUGGGGGGAAUGAUCUGAACCAACAGAACCAGGCGGAACCGGAUCAGAGCCUCACUCUGGGAGAAAAAAAAAAAAAAAAAAUCAAAACAAGGCAUCUCGGAACCGACCUGGACCGGAACCUCCCCGCGUCAUUCUGACAGAAACGAGGCGCCGAACCGGAGCGUGACCCGCCUGAUCCAGACUGGGAGGGGUACCGAGCAGACGGUGGAUCAACAGGACGGAACCAGAAGCAGGGUCUACAGCCGGACCAUGGAGCUGCGCGGCGUGCUGCUGCUGGCCGUGCUGCACUGCUGCUCAGUGGCGCUGUGCGGCUGCGAGCCCCGCCUGGUCAACGUGGGUGCUGUCCUGAGCCAGAAACGCUAUGAGCAGGUGUUCAAGGAGGCGGUGAGUCAGGCCAACGCUCUGUACGGGAAGGACAAGUUCAAGAUGAACGCCAUCUCUGUGACGCACAAGCCCAACGCCAUCCAGAUGGCGCUGUCCGUCUGCGAGGACCUCAUCUCCAACCAGGUGUAUGCCAUCCUGGUAAGCCAUCCUCCACAGCCCAAUGAUCACUUGACCCCCACUCCGGUGUCCUACACGGCCGGGUUCUACCGUAUCCCAGUGGUCGGCCUGACGACGCGCAUGUCCAUCUACUCUGACAAGAGCAUCCACCUGUCUUUCCUGAGGACAGUGCCCCCAUACUCCCACCAGGCACAGGUCUGGUUCGACCUGAUGAGAGAAUUCAGAUGGAACCACAUCAUCCUGAUCGUCAGCGACGACCAUGAGGGCCGAGCCGCCCAGAAGAAGCUUGAGACGCUGUUGGAGGAGCGUGAGACCAAGGCUGAGAAGGUGCUGCUGUUCACCCAGGAUACCAACCUGACUGCAUUGCUGCUGGAGGCUAAAGACCUGGAGGCUCGAGUCAUUAUCCUGUCAGCCAGCGAGGAUGAAGCUGCUGCUGUGUACAAAGCGGCCCGGCAGCUUAAUAUGACCGGUUCUGGUUACGUCUGGCUGGUGGGAGAGCGGGAGAUGAGCGGGAAAGCUUUAAGCGAAGCUCCUGAUGGCUUGCUGGGUCUUCAGCUGAUCAACGGGAAGAACGAGUCGGCUCACAUCACGGACGCCGUGGCCGUGGUUGCUCAGUCUCUGCAGGAGCUGUUUGAGAAGGAGAACAUCACAGAGCCUCCUCGAGGCUGCGUGGGGAACACCAACAUCUGGAGAACCGGGCCGCUCUUCAAACGGGUGCUGAUGUCAUCAAAGUACCCAGACGGCCUCACAGGACGGAUUGAGUUUAACGACGACGGCGACCGCCGCUUUGCCACCUACAGCAUCCUGAACCACCAGAAAGCAGGUCGAGUCGUCCAGGUUGGAGUCUUCAACGGCACGCAGGUGGUGAUGAACCCUCAGAGGAAGAUCAUCUGGCCUGGAGGAGAGACGGAGAAACCUGUUGGAUACCAGAUGUCCACCAGGCUGAAGAUUGUGACCAUUCACCAGGAGCCAUUUGUUUACGUGAAGCCAACGAAGAGCGAUGGGACGUGUAAAGAAGAGUACACGGUGAACGGAGUUCUGAUCAAGAAGGUGAUCUGCACCGGACCCAACGGGACCAUCCCAGGUCAGCCCACUGUCCCUCAGUGCUGCUACGGUUUCUGCAUCGACCUGCUCAUCAAGCUGGCCAUGAGCAUGAACUUCACCUACGAGGUUCACCUGGUGGCUGAUGGAAAGUUUGGCACACAGGAGCGAGUGAACAACAGCAACAAGAAGGAGUGGAACGGGAUGAUGGGGGAGCUGCUGGGCGGCCUGGCUGACAUGAUCGUGGCUCCCCUCACCAUCAACAACGAGCGUGCUCAGUACAUCGAAUUCUCCAAACCCUUCAAGUACCAGGGGCUCACCAUCCUCGUCAAGAAGGAAAUCCCUCGCAGCACUCUGGACUCGUUCAUGCAGCCGUUCCAGAGCACACUGUGGCUGUUAGUCGGUCUGUCGGUCCAUGUGGUGGCAGUGAUGCUUUACCUAUUGGACCGGUUCAGCCCGUUUGGAAGGUUCAAAGUUAACAGUGAAGAAGAAGAAGAAGACGCCCUCACCCUUUCCUCCGCCAUGUGGUUCUCGUGGGGAGUUCUGCUGAACUCUGGGAUCGGAGAAGGAGCUCCCAGGAGCUUCUCCGCCCGGAUCCUGGGGAUGGUGUGGGCCGGAUUCGCCAUGAUCAUCGUAGCAUCAUACACCGCCAACCUGGCAGCCUUCCUUGUGCUGGACCGGCCUGAGGAGCGCAUCACUGGCAUCAAUGACCCCAGGCUGCGUAACCCAUCAGAUAAGUUCAUCUACGCCACAGUGAAGCAGAGCUCGGUGGAUAUCUACUUCAGACGGCAGGUGGAGCUGAGCACCAUGUACCGGCACAUGGAGAAACACAACUACGAGAGUGCCGCUGAGGCCAUCCAGGCCGUCCGAGACAACAAGCUGCACGCCUUCAUCUGGGACAGCGCCGUGCUGGAGUUCGAGGCGUCACAAAAGUGCGACCUGGUGACGACGGGGGAGCUUUUCUUCCGCUCUGGUUUUGGGAUCGGCAUGAGGAAAGACAGUCCUUGGAAGCAGAACGUGUCUUUGGCCAUCCUCAGCUCUCAUGAGAACGGCUUCAUGGAAGACCUGGACAAGACCUGGGUCCGAUACCAGGAGUGUGACUCCAGGAGCAACGCGCCUGCCACCCUAACCUUCGAGAACAUGGCAGGUGUGUUCAUGCUGGUUGCUGGCGGCAUCGUGGCAGGGAUCUUCCUCAUCUUCAUCGAGAUCGCCUACAAGCGUCAUAAAGACGCCCGCAGGAAGCAGAUGCAGCUGGCCUUCGCUGCCGUCAAUGUGUGGAGGAAGAACCUGCAGGAUAGGAAAAGUGGUAGAGCAGAGCCCGAGCCCCAAACCUCUUUUAGGUCCAUCACUUCGACCUCCGACCUCAAACGCCGUUUGGCCCCCGGGGACCCCACGCCGUACCCGACGGACAUCACCGGCCAGCUCAACCUAUCGGAUCCAUCCGUCAGCACCGUGGUCUGAGAGGCGCCGGGUCCAAACGGGCCUCAUUGCUGUUGCUGAGCCACACACACACACACACACACACACACACAGCUGUGUUUCCAUGACUUAUGGGGACCUGUCAUUGACUUACAUUCACUUUAAACGGCCUAACCCACCUAAUAAGGACAUAGGUCCCCAUGAUGUGACUGUAAACAGUCCCCACAUCGCCGUUAAAACAAGCGCCCCCUCCCACACACACACACACACACCACCCACCCGCCUUGCUCCGCCCACAGCUUCCUGGAACCAGAUGGUCUUUUAUUUUGAAAGAACUCUUUCUGACCUCUCCGGCGUUGGUCAGCGAAGUUGUCCAGUUGGUUCUGGUUCUGUUGGACCUCAUGCUGACCGAGCCGCACAUCAAACCGGAUUCACAGCCAGUUUAAACUGGUUUCAAGUCUGUUUCUGCUUAGAAAACGGUGAAAUGAGCUCAUACAUUUCUUUUAAUGUGAACAAACACAACCCUGUAGUCAUCAGGAAAUAACCAAUCAGAAGCCCAUCUGCUGGCUUUGGUUUAGUGGGCGGAGCCUCUGGAAAAGGAAGCGGUUCUUUAACUGGGAGUACUGGUUUCUUAUCUGCUGGACAAGCUGCAGCUCAGCCUUCUGCUUCAGGAAAAUAGUGACGCUUUCUAAAACUUUUUGCCUCGUUUUGCAUCAAUCAAUGUCACAUAAAACGUUUUGGAUCAUCGGAUGGGAUAAUCAGAUCCAGAGGAUGUUACCCUGGCUUCAGUUUGGGGUUUAGACAGUUUAAUGUUAAGGGUUGCAGAUCUUUCCCUCUCCCAGAUGAUCACAUCCAUCUGGCAGCUGAAUCACCUGCAGCUGAAACGGGCCCGGUCCCGACGUCCAUCCAGAACUCUGAUCAGAUGAAACAAAGUUCAUCAGAUAAAAACCUAAAUGUGGAGAAAUCAUUUCCAGGAUUUAUCAGAUCCGGUUUCGUCUGGUCUGACCUCUUAAAUAAUUCCUCAGCUUCUGACUCUUUUUAUCCUCAGUUUGAAGAUGUUUUUCCAUGAUGGAUCUAAACUCCUCAUUAGAGACCAGAGCUGAAGCUGUGCAGCAGCGCCCCCUGCUGGCUGACAUCUGUAGCAGAGGAACAACAGAAAAUAGAGGAAGAUGAUGAACAUCAGCUGUUUGGCUCAGGUUCUGUUCAUGAAAGGUUCAGCUUAGAUUAUAGAUUAUUGAUUUUUAUUUUUAUUUUUUUUGCUACAAUUGAUCUUUUCAAGUUUGGAAAAAUGACCCGGACAAAAAGUUCUGAUCUGCAUCUGAUUGGAACCGUUUGUUCUGAGAUGCUGAGGAAAAACUCUGACAUCAUAAUCCAACAUGGUCGCCUGGUUUAUUUGCUCUUCUGAAGAACCAAACCCGACCAGAACCAAACCCAACCAGAACCAAACCCGGUUCAGGUCCAGAAUCCUGAAGCUGAAACCAUUCCCUGAACCAAAGUCCAGCUUCUUAGGAAAACACGGAGCAUCGCCUCCACAGAGCUCCCUGUGAAGCCCUUCUGACCCCAGAGGCUCCGCCCCCCUCCCAUUACUGAUGUUCUCUGGAGACCUGGGAGCUCCUGCUGCUGGACGACCUCCUUCCUGGGAGUCCGAUGGUGUCAUGUUUCUGCCGCUGUCCUGAGCGCGCGGUCGGACCCAUGACCUCCUCCUCAGUCCGUCUCUGCUCCACCGUCUCCUGCGUCUCUCCUUUCCUCCUCGCUCCGCUCCGUCUCUGCGCUCAAUGAACCAACUGACCAAUCAAAAACAGGCAGGCCGUUUUAAUUCUUUCAUCCAAUCAGAAGAGUCCUUAGAUAUUCUGCAUUGAGAUGCAUCCAAACAAUGUUUUUAUCUCAUUUGGAGGAUUUAAUUAUUUCCUUCGCAUCGAGAGAUAUAGACUUUAGCUGAAGAAGGUCAAAGGUCAAAACACCAGCAGUAAAAUAAUAAACAAUAGGAUCAGUUUUACCUCACAGGAGGAAAAAAUCCUGGUUCACAUGGAUUCAGUUGCUCAGGAAAAUAAAAAGAAUAUUUCAGAUUUAAACAUUAUUAUGUUAUAUUAAUAUAAAACAUUUAUUCCAGCCUGAUGUCUUCUAAAUUCCUACCUUUGGCUUCAGGUAUCGCUGCCCCUGAAGGUGCAGCGGUUGGUAUUAGUAAGGAUUCCUUUGAUUGGAUGAAAAAGGAAUGCCUGUCUGUGAUUGGUCGGUUGGCUUUGGUUCAUUUAGAUCCAGUUUAACAACGUGAGCGCAGAGACCAUCAGAGGAGAGAGUUUAAAAACAGAUCAUCAGCCUCACCGCGCUCCCAGUAUGGCGAGCCAAGAACGCCACUAUUAGCAUCAAAUUAUCACGCUAAGAUUGAAAUUCACACGCUAAAAGAGCCAAUUUUUCUGAAAUUUCUCCGCUUUUUUCGCCGUCUUUUACCAACAAGCGAAGCUUUUUAUGUCCGUCAUGAUGCUACCGCAAGACGCUUGUUCUUAACGCACAUAUUGACCGCUCAAAACGCGCGUUCUUCACACGCGUUCUUACCCAGACAACGCGUGUCAAAGAAAACAAGUCAGACAACAAGUCAGACAACAAGUCAGACAACAAGUCAGACAUACAUUUUCUGGAACACAAGUGGCGCCUUUAUUGUCAUUCUAUUAGCACAAUGUAAUAAGUUUUUACAUGAAAGAAAGAAUGGGUCAAAAACAACAGUUAAGUAGCUACAUUUAUGGAUUAUGUUUAAAACUAAAAAACUACGAAACGGGCUUGGUUAGAGACAGGAGAGAAUAUAAAGGAAAGAGUCGAACUGCAUCAGCCGGAUUCGAACCUGUAUUGAAGAUAAAAAAGUUUGCAUGACAUGCGGUCACUCUGUCCACUGUUCUUAGUCGCAAAAACUGGUGAACUGCUCCAAUAAAUAACUUUAAGGCACAAAACAUUAGUCAGCGAUGCCUGUUGGUGAAAAACGUUUUUUACAUGAAAAUAAUGGAAAUGGAUUCAAACUAACAGCAGAGAGCGUGUAGUGGAUAUAUUCCUAAAAUGAAGGCUUUGUGAAACAACGAUGCAGUGAACUUUGGCAGCGCUGCCACACUGACCUCUGCAGAGUUUUCCACCAAGCUGAUCUGUGCUGAACUUUCUUAUUCUGGCUGCCUUGAUCAGCGAUUGGAUGCAACCAGUUCAAAUGCAUGAGCUGUCAGAAAAGAAGGAAGGACAUGUUGCGCGUCUUGCGGUAGCAUCAUGACGGACGCAAAAAGCGGCGCUUGUUGGUAAAAGACGGCGAAAAAAGUGGCGAAAUUUUGGAAAACGGGCUUUUAGCGGGUGAAUUUCAGUCUUAACGUGAUAAUUAGAUGCGAAUAGUGGCGUUCUUGGCUUGCCAUACAGACCCUGCACCAGCGGCGCCGUAGGUCCCAGGUCUCCACUCUGCAGAAGCUGUAGCUGCCAUGAUAGUGAAGGAGAUCUAAGUUUAGUGACAAUCAGCCUGCAGAUGGCGCUGCAGGGCCCAACUGGAGGCCCUGACCCGGUGGAACAGGUAUGAAACAUCAGAAUAUUAAAAAGCUGCUGGGCUGGAAGACAGAAACAGAUUUUAUCAUUAGACGUUACUGUGAAAUAUCUUCUGAAAUGAAGUAAAACUAUAAAUGAAAUGAAAGGUUUAAUUUAAUUGUUGCACUUUUGAAAUUUCUCAGAUGAAAGAUUCACUUUGAAAUAUUUCUGAUCAAAUCAAAUUUCUUUUUGAAGAGUUGUUGAUGUCUUAUAAAGAGCACUAUAUUAUAAUGUUGAUCUGUCUGCUGUUUGUUUGUAAAAUGUUUAUUUAUUCAUUUUAUUAAGGUGGUUUAAUCAGAGCAGGAUUAUAAAAUCCAAGGAAAUAGUUUGUGAUUUAAAAGUCUAUUCAGAAUAAAUGUUGCUACUUUAAAGAGAUGAUAUAAUUUCCUAUGUAUUCAUAUUUAUAUACUGAUUGUAUCUGUAUUUAUUUAUUUAUAGAAAAUGUUACAUUUGAUUUUACUGACAAUAGUUUUAAUUGAAAGUCAAACUGAACGUUGAAUUAAAAAUUCAACAUAAAACAAAGUUUUACACUAAAAAUAUCAAAAAUCUUAGAUAUUUUAAACAUUUCUAAUUAAGUUAAUUUGCCUUUAAUGAAUGAAAUGUUUCCUCCUGAUCCAGAUGAUAAUCUUUAAUAUUUCGGUGGUAAUGAAGGAUUUAUUCUGAUGUCAUAAUGUGAUGUCACUCUGCGAUGUCAUGUGUUCUUGUUGCUGUACAGACGACGAAGCAGCGGUGAGCUGAUCUGAGGUCAGUUUGCCCUGACGGUAAAACAUGAUGUCUGCUGCAGAUAAGAAGGUUUCAUUUCCUGUGAAGACAGAAACUGUAGCAGAAGUUGUUGUUUCACUCUGAGCUGAUUUCCACAUGUUGCUGUGAAGUUAGGAGGAAACCUCAUUUAAAGCACUUCAAUGUUUAGUGAAGCUGAGCUUAAUGUGAGCAAAUGUAACCUGUGACACAUAGAAGAGGUGAUGAAUA